UUGUUUCGUCUUCAAAUCCUUGAAUCUCACUGAGAGUUUUGACAUAAUCUCACUGGUUUUUCUUGUUUGACCACAGUGUUAUGAACAUGGUCAAACCCUGCACGUACCCCAUAACAUGCAAGAAGAGGUGGAGAAUGGCUUUGAAUGCGAUCACUUUCGUCAAGGCUCUUCUUCAAGUCUCCAACAAAGCUUUCAACAUUCAAACUCCAAGGCUCUUGCGCUCAUUCUCGUAUCUGGCCAUUGAUGUUGAACAAGACCACGUGCAUAUCCCGCGUGAGAAACCCUUCGACGUUGAUCCCAAACUUCUCGGUCGCAUGGUAAGGGACAAGACGCUCGAGUCUCUCACCCAAUUUGGAGGCGCCAAGGAACUCGCUUCACUUCUUGAAACCGAUGUCAAGCGCGGCGUAAGCGACAGCAAGGACGAUCUUGAUCACCGGAAACGUGUCUUUGGUGUCAACAUGUUCACCAAACCUCCAUCUAAAUGUUUUUUUUCUUUUGUUCUUGAAUCUUUUAAGGACACCACUAUUAUCAUCCUUUUGGCAUGUGCUGUGCUUUCUCUUGGCUUUGGGAUCAAGCAGCAUGGAUGGAAGGAGGGCUGGUACGAUGGAGGAAGCAUCAUAUUGGCGGUUAUUCUCGUCAUUGUUGUGUCUUCUGUGAGUAACUUCAAUCAAUCUAGACAGUUCCGGAAGCUUUCUGCCGAGAGUGAGAACAUAGGAGUCGAAGUAGUACGAGGUGGUCGACGCCAAAGCGUGUCAAUCUAUGAUGUGGUGGUUGGUGACAUUGCGUACCUGAAGAUCGGUGAUCAGGUUCCAGCUGAUGGAGUGUUUCUGGAGGGGUAUUCGUUGAAGGUGGACGAAUCUAGCAUGACGGGGGAGAGUGAUCACGUGAACGUGAACGCUGAGACAAACCCUUUCUUGUUAUCUGGCACAAAGAUCAGUGAUGGUUUUGCAUACAUGAUUGUCACUUCUGUGGGCAUGAACACUGCCUGGGGUGAAAUGAUGGGUUCGAUAGCGAGAGAGGUUAAUGAGGAGACACCUUUGCAAGGGCGUCUUAAUAAAUUGACUUCUGCUAUCGGCAAGGUUGGGCUGUUGGUGGCUGCGCUUGUUUUGGUGGUAUCUAUGAUACGUUACUUCACGGGAAGUACAAGAGAUGAUUUUGGUAACCGAGAAUUCGUCGGGAGGAAGACAAAGUUUGAUGAUGUUAUGAAUGCGGUUGUGGGGAUUGUUGCAGCGGCUGUGACAAUUGUGGUGGUGGCUAUUCCAGAAGGGUUGCCUCUGGCUGUUACUUUGACUCUGGCUUAUUCCAUGAAGAAAAUGAUGAGGGAUAAUGCCAUGGUUAGGAGAAUCUCUGCUUGUGAGACAAUGGGGUCAGCAGCAACAAUCUGCACUGAUAAAACUGGUACUCUUACGAUGAAUGAGAUGCAGGUGACUGAGGUUUGGGUGGGAAAGGAGGAAAUAGCAGAAGGUGCGCAUUUGGCGCCGAGUUUAGUACAAUUAUUGAAAGAAGGAAUUGGGUUGAAUACCGCAGGAAGCGUUUACAAUACCCCACAAACCUCGCAACCAGAAAUUUCAGGUAGUCCAACUGAGAAAGCGUUGCUUUCUUGGGCUGUGGGGGAUUUGGGGAUGGACAUCGAUGUAGUGAAGCAGCAUUGUGAAAUCAUUCAUGUGGAGACGUUUAACUCUGAGAAAAAGAGAAGUGGGAUUUUGAUGAGGGAGAAGAAAGGGAGCAACAGGAUUGUUACACAUUGGAAGGGUGCUGCUGAGAUGAUAUUGGGUAUGUGUUCAAGUUAUUAUGACCAAACAGGGGAAAUCAUGAUCUUUAAUGAUGAAGAAAGGGUUCAGAUCGAGAACAUUGUGAAGGGCAUGGCUACCAAAAGUUUGCGAUGCCUUGCCUUUGCCCAAAAGAGCUCCAAGGGGAAGGUCUGUGAAAAGCUUGAAGAGACAGAACUAACACUGUUGGGAAUACUUGGAUUGAAAGACCCUUGUAGGCCUGGAGUUGAAGCAGCAGUUGAAUCAUGUAGAAAUGCUGGAAUGCAGAUCAAGAUGAUCACGGGAGAUAAUGUGCACACAGCGAAGGCCAUAGCCUCUGAAUGCGGGAUUCUUGAUCCUAGUGAAGAAUUGGAUGGAGAUGCUGUGGUGGAAGGGUUUCAAUUCAGAAAUUACUCGCAUGAGGAAAGAAUGGAUAAGGUUGACAGAAUCAGGGUCAUGGCGAGAUCAUCUCCAUUUGACAAGCUUCUGAUGGUUCAAUGUUUAAAGCAGAAGGGUCAUGUGGUGGCAGUCACAGGUGAUGGCACAAAUGACGCACCUGCUCUAAAAGAAGCAGAUAUUGGACUUUCCAUGGGAAUAGAAGGCACGGAAGUGGCAAAGGAGAGCUCAGAUAUUGUUAUCCUUGACGACAAUUUCUCUUCUGUGGUUACAGUAAUCAGGUGGGGAAGAUGUGUGUACAAAAACAUUCAGAAGUUCAUUCAGUUUCAGCUCACAGUUAAUGUAGCUGCCUUGGUCAUAAACUUUGUAGCUGCAGUUUCUUCUGGUAAAGUGCCUCUCACAGCAGUGCAGCUUUUGUGGGUAAACCUGAUAAUGGAUACCCUUGGAGCUUUGGCUUUAGCCACUGAGGAACCUACUGAUGAUCUCAUGAAGAUGCCACCUGUAGGUAGAGUUGAGCCACUCAUAACUAGAGUUAUGUGGAGGAACCUCAUUUCACAGGCAUUGUACCAGGUUCUGGUGUUGCUGGUUUUACAAUUCAGGGGAAGAUCAAUCUUUGAUGUCACUGAGAAGGUGAAGAACACCAUUAUCUUCAAUGCUUUUGUCCUGUGCCAAGUCUUCAAUGAGUUCAAUGCAAGGGAGCCGGAGAAGAAGAACAUAUUUAAGGGACUAGGUAAGAAUAGGUUGUUCAUUGCAAUUGUGAGCCUAACUAUUGUUCUUCAGCUAGUGAUGGUUGAGUUUCUGAAAAAGUUUGCAAGUACUGAGAGAUUGAGUUGGGAGCAAUGGGGUGUUUGUGUUAGCAUUGGAGCUUUGUCUUGGCCAAUUGGUCUGCUGGUGAAGUGUAUCCCAGUUGUUCGCAAGAAGUAGUAGGCCAUGCAAGCAAGCACGUUAUUUUGAUUUCAUGAUUUUUUUUUUUUUUUCCUUUUGCAUGGCACAUUGCAGUGCUAUUUAUAGUUUGUUUUUUCACUUCUUUAUUUGUAUAUAAUGCUCUAAAAAUUAAAGGGCCUACGUGUGGAGAAAUUUUAGCAUUGUUAUUCAUGCAAGUGGAUUUUGAUUUUGCUGACA